AUGGCCACCAUCCCCUGCCUCAGUUUUUUCCUGCUUCUCUGGAGCCAGGUGCCAGGGGUCCAGGGCCAAGAAUUCCGAUUUGGACAAUGCCAAGUACAGGGAGUAGAGCUCCAGGAACUGAGGAAGGCCUUCCGGACCAUGAGGGACACUGUGCAAACUCAGGAUCACAACACAAGUGUUCGACUACUGCGGACGGAGAUUCUACAGAAUGUCUCGGAUGCUGAAAGCUGCCACUUUAUCCAUUCGCUGCUGAAGUUUUACUUGAGAACAGUCUUCAAAAACUACUACAGUAAGGCAGCUGAACUCAGGAUCCUGAAGUCAUUUUCAACUCUCACCAACAACUUUUUUGUCAUCAUGUCAAAACUGCAACCCAGUGAACAAAAUGAGAUGUUUUCCGUCACUGAGCAUGCACACAGGCAGUUUCUGCAGUUUCAGCGAGCAUUUAAACAGUUGGAUAUAGAAGCAGCUCUGACUAAAGCCGUUGGGGAAAUAGACAUACUCUUGACUUGGAUGGAGAAAUACUACCAGCACUGA